CCCCACCCCCAGCUGUGGCUGCUGCUGCUGCACUGACGGCGGUUGCCGGUGCCUCAGAAUUACUGAUUUGUUCUUGAGAAUCCUCUACUCUCAUCUGUCCUCAUGGAUGAACUUCAGGAUGUUCAACUCACAGAGAUCAAACCACUUCUAAAUGAUAAGAAUGGUACACGAAAUUUCCAGGACUUUGACUGUCAGGAACAUGACAUAGAAACAGCUCAUGGUGUGGUCCAUGUCACUAUAAGAGGCAUACUGAAAGGAAACAGACCCGUUAUUUUGACAUAUCAUGACAUUGGCCUCAACCACAAAUCCUGUUUCAAUGCGUUCUUUAACUUUGAGGAUAUGCAAGAAAUCACCCAGUACUUUGCUGUCUGUCAUGUGGAUGCCCCAGGCCAACAGGAAGGUGCAGCCCCUUUCCCAUCAGGGUACCAGUACCCCACAAUGGAUGAGCUGGCCGAAAUGCUGCCUUCUGUUCUUACCCACUUAAGUCUGAAAGGCAUCAUUGGGAUUGGAGUUGGAGCUGGAGCUUACGUACUCAGCAGAUUUGCACUCAAUCAUCCCGAGCUUGUGGAAGGCCUUGUGCUCAUUAACGUUGACCCCUGUGCUAAAGGCUGGAUUGACUGGGCAGCUUCCAAACUCUCGUGCCUGACAACCAAUGUUGUGGACAUUAUUUUGGCUCAUCACUUCGGGCAGGAAGAGUUGCAGGCCAACAUGGACCUGAUUCAAACCUACAGACUGCAUAUUGCCCAAGAUAUCAACCAGGAAAACCUACAGCUCUUCCUGAGUUCCUAUAAUGGACGCAGAGACCUAGAGAUUGAAAGACCCUUGCUGGGCCAAAAUGGUAACACAAAAACGUUAAAGUGUUCUACGUUAUUGGUGGUAGGGGACAGUUCACCUGCAGUUGAGGCUGUGGUUGAAUGCAAUUCUCGCCUGGAUCCUAUAAAUACAACUUUGCUAAAGAUGGCAGACUGUGGGGGAUUGCCCCAGGUGGUUCAGGUAAGGGGAUUUUUUUUCAAGUGCCUGUUUGAUUCUACCGUUCUGCCUAUGCAAAGAUUAAUGCAUUCUUAUUUUGUCCCCCUAGCCUGGGAAGCUCACCGAGGCCUUCAAGUACUUUUUACAGGGAAUGGGCUACAGAAACAGCUUGUCUUCCAGCCCAUUUAUGAGCCAAAGCAAGAUGACUGUUAUAGUGGAUGGGAAAACAAUUAAUUGCCUUUGACUGGUUGAGGGAAGUAGCAUCUGAGAUGCUAUUCAACCUCAGCACCUCUCUAAGACCUUAAAAUAAAAUUUCACCCCUGGCUUAGAGUAUUCUGUCAGUGUCUAUUAGGCAGCCCCAGUUGCCACUUGGCACUCUCGGGUCACUAACCUGCCUUUUCCUGUGUCCACCCUGCUUCCAGUCCCGUAUGUGCAGCUCAGUCACCUGAGCACCGAGUCAGGUACCUUCCUCUGUGCUGGCCCUGCCCCUGCCUCCCAGCCAUACACCCUCCUGGCUGCACUGGCUGCUUGCAGCAUGUCCGCGGUUUCCUGUGCAGUGAGAGCCUGAUAGAACGUGGCUCAUUGUGCCAGAAGAAGGUUAGUCUGCAGGUCCAUCCUGGGCUCCCCAGGAGGAAGAAAGCAGAGGGCUAUAAUGCCUCUCAUCAUCCCAAGUCCAAGAUCACAGCAGAAGCUGAAACUUUAUACCUUUCAAACAUGACCCCUCUUCCACCACUACCUACUGAUCCUUGAGUUAACCCCCAGGCCCAGAGAUUGUAGGGCAGCCUUGACUCUAAAAUAGGAGUGUCAGAGCCUGCGUGUGCCAGAGAACUCUGCAGGUGUUGGCAUCUUUUGACCCCUGCAUUGAAGUGACAGUUUGGGUAGUAGCUGGUCCCUCAGGAGGCUAGGCAGGGAAGUUAUGCCAGGUAAGGCCCUGUCCUGCCCAAGCUGGAAGGACCUUAGGGUCAAAGCGGUGGCAGAACAGGAGUCUAGUUAAAUACCUGUCCCCAGUCCUCUUCCCUCCCCUGCAACCUGUACCUCACUCCCUGUGCAGAGAUCAGCUCCAAGCCCAUCUGCCCUUGCCUACACCCUCACCUUCCUACGUGUUUCCUCCCCAGAUAGCAAGGGUAGUCUGUGGACAUGGAUGGUAGUCUCGUUGUAUCGGGCUUGCACUGUUUUGUGAAACACCUUCAUACUUGUGUAGUUCAUCUUUCUUUUCCUUGGUUUAGUCUUGCAUGCAUUGCAGGUUUUGGUUACCUAUUAGGGUUCCCAAAACCUCCUUCCUAAUAACUGUAUGAAUAGCGUGGGCACAGCUAAGAGGCUAUACUCUGGGCUUAGGGUUUCCCUUUGUUCUGCUGUGGACUAGAAUUAGUGGAGAUUCCAACCACAUCCAAAGGAUUAAAGCAGCCUUGCAUAUAGCCACUCACCUAGAACAAAUAGUACAGAAUGGGGAUGGCUGUAUCUUGUCCCUGGGUGUCAUCCUAAACGAGUUCGGAAAGCUAAACAUAAAGCCUUUGGUGAAACUUCUAG